UCUUAGCGUGACAGUACCAUGGCAGUGGAUGCCAUGGGGACAAGAGCGGGUGUGCGCAUAUGUACAACUGCUCGAGCCAGCGCCUCAGUAGGGGUCACGUGAUUCUGGAGAGAGGACAAGAAGUUAGGGUACAGCUUGACAUGCCGCAGGAUCAGAUGGAUAUCUUAGACGUCAGGUCGGAGUUAUCUCUCAUUCAUAACUCUGUUCAGCGGAAGCACGUGCCUACGAGACCGGGGUCAAGGGAGGGGCGAUAUUGCACGGGGCCUUAUGCAGCACGUGUCACUGGCCUUGAACUCUGCGGUCACGUGGAGCUGCCAUGGUCACCGGAAGCCGUGACUCUAUACGGACCUGCCGCUUUGUCAAUGACUUUGCACAAGAGGGACACUCAUACAGGCUACAGCUUCAUCGCAAAGCACGUGAAGAAGACACAGUCAAUCGCCACAUUGCUGGAGAUAAAAACUCCCGGAUCAAAAGUCGACCGCAACCUUGGCUUUGAUCUUCUUGGAGACAUGACUGACCUGAAGGAUGUCAGAGUACAUCUCGGGUUCUCAUCCCCAUGGAAGAGUGCAAAAGUGACAGGGUCUUUCACCAACACUGCAGUCUUGAAGUCCGCCACCUGUCGCAUGAUCGUCGACAAAGCUGUGUUAUAUGCCGUCACAGCAGAAGUUAAAGUGAUGAGAGACAAGUUUGAUGUGAUAUACUUCCCAGUCCUAGAAAUUCGCCGGCCGGGCAGUUCGGACUGGCUAGUGAAAGGCAUGGUCAGUGUGCGUGCCCACUGGAAGGUCCUCGCAGCCGACGUAUUAGCACAAGGGUUUACGCAUUACCCGUUGAUCUUAAAAACUUCUAUUACCAACACUAACCUAGAGAAGAGCAUAAAACUCACAGCUGUCCACGGAGCCGGUGUGACUUACACCUUUGCUGCCGGCACCUCUCUCGCCUUUAUCGGAAAAGGAGCCUCCGGGGUAGAUGUCAGCUACUUCCUGGUGUUCACCACCCCUACCCGGGAACUGCUGACUUUGAGUGGCAAUGGAGGCUACCGACCUGGACACAUAUUCAAAACAGACCUGAAGCUGACCAUAGAUAAAUACAAACCGCUGCUUGCAGAGUGCGUGAUGACCAAAAUGAAAAGGCGGUCAGAUGUGCUUCUAUACGGCCUCGAUGUCAGCAUAAAAUCCGCUGUUGCGCUCCUCAAAGUGGACUCAGUUGUCGAUGUCAAGAAAGACCGCAUGGUCAGUGCUCGUGUGACAGUCACGCAUGACAUCCCUUCAAUUCUGCCACGGGACAAAAUGACAGUGGGGUUCAAGGCCACAGUCAACAGCAACUUUGUCUCAAAGAGCUGUUACAUCACGCUAAACAUGGAUUCCUUGGCUAUACCAGACUAUAGUUUUUCCGCGAAGCUUCUCGGAGAACAUCGCACGAAACAAACAGAAGCCGAGAUGGUGGUCAAGCACGGACAAGACCGCAGGGACCCGAACAACCAGAUCCUGUUCAGUACAAAGGUCAAACAUGACGUCAUUGACAGUACUGUAGCAAACGUGGGAUACAAAGUAUUGGUUUCACUUCCAAGAAAGGAUAUAGACUUUCACCUGAAAGGGCGUCACAUUCAUACUACACGCUCUGUGGACUCCGCAUGUGACUUAACCUUUGGCACGAAUCAGAGCGCACAUGCGCACCUCAUGUUCAAGGACAGAAGCAACAGGCUUUUGAAGAUGACUGGCGAGGUUCAGAUCCAGGCCCCUGUUCUGGAUGUCGUGAUGGAGACUAGUGUGGUCCAGAAAAAUCCGAAACACUUCGUUCACAGCGUGAGCCUCAGAGAAGGGCAGGAAAGAAGACACUCCAUUAUGACAGUGUUCAGAGAAUCAGACAAGCAGUCAUUUGCCAUUUUGUCAGACAUACUGAUCCAUGGAUGGCAAAACAUUAGACUGACCGGUGACACCAGAUUGGAACUCGCAGAUCUGAAGGUCGGGAGUUCUAUAUUCUUCGGAGAGAACAAGUAUGGGGCAAACGUAGCAUCUGCUGUUAAAGCAAACAAACACAAGUUGAUGGCCAGUCUGUAUUAUCCCAGAGAACUGUAUUCUUUGAUGACCAACACUGAGCAGAGGUUCGAUGGAAUCUACAGCAGCACCGUCAAGGUCGCCUGGGAAGAUGAAAAAAGGGUUCAAAGACCGCUUUUGGCUGUCAGAGGAUUGCUGCAUAGAAAUCACAAAGCAGGUGGAGAUAUUCGAAAACUCAAGCUAUCUGCUCAGUCACCUGCGAUGAGAGGAUUCAUGACUGUGGACAACGAGAAGCCUCAACUUCUUGUACGAGGAAAUAUCUUCAGAGGCAGAAAAAAGAGUUCCUAUUCUACAACACUGGAGCUGAAGAAACCUGUCAGCCUGGAAAACGUACAGUUUCUGUGCAAAAUUCUGACACCCGACAGGCACUGCCACCGCACAGAAGUAGAGGUCGUCCACACCAUGCACCCGAAGGUGGCAGAAUUACUCGAGCACCUUGUCGAACGCGGAUUUUCGCGUUUAACUCGAGGCUGGCUGCCUCCUCCGAAGGAGACCAGCUUAUCGGUAUCACUCCAAGGAGGCAGUGGCCAGACUGUUAAUCAGCACACUGCCGAAGGUGUGCACACACAGCAAUGGUGGACUUAUGUUCACGAACAGGACACAGUGCCGACAGGAAGGGCAGAUAUCCAAGGGGGCAUUACCGUAAAAUCGACAAUCGAAAAUCACAUCGAUGUUCGACUCAAUUUUAUGCACAAACAGUACGGUCAUCUUCACGAACAAACAUUCAAGCUCGAUGGCAGAAGCAAUAACGACACCAUCGCCUUCGUCUUCAACAACAACUUGCAUCAUUUUCAUAUUCGCAGUGUAGGAGAACUUGAUCUAAAAACGCAGGCGGGUGUUGUGCUUACAGAAUGGAAUUUAGAAACCAUAGGAGGAAGCAUACUGUCUAAUUUCUCAUCUUCUUGGUGUCCUGGUGGCAAAGUUCACUUUGAGAUUCGUGGACACCGAGAUAUUAAUAGACACAAUGAACUGAUAGGUAAUAUCAUUUUUCAAACGCCGUGGAGAGACUUGGCUAUUUCCCUGGUCCAUGCACAAUCUUCUGAAUCAUUUCUGUCCGAGUGCUCCCUGCGUCAAAGUGAUGUAGAAAUUGUAUCUCAUCGGAUUUAUGCUCUUUUCAUGCCGUCCUUGAUCGAUGCUAACCUAACGGUACUGACCCCAUGGACCUCUAAAGUUGUCGGUGCCCUGCAUGGUCGGUACAAUGCUACGGCCUUAACCGGUGCCGUAGAAGUGCGAUGGACACCUCGAGACAGGAUUGCAGCCGAUGGACAAGUAACCCUGGUGGCGUGGAACGAUGUGUCUGUGUUUCUCAGCGUGGACACCCCGUUUCCUGGAGCACGGGUUGUUGUGUACGAAAUAUCCAAUAAAAACACACGCCAUGGUCUCAGCUCCUUCAUGACGCUGAGAUUCGGCUUUGGUAAAACAUACGGAAUAGAAACUUUACUCAGAAAGGAUCCAGUGAAUAUUCGAGUGAAACUUCAAAGCCCUUACGAAAAUUUUCGCGUGCUCGAAACAGGUGUGCAAAUGACUGGUAGCGUCAUGAAGAUGAAAACAGAUGCAGACUUCCGGUUGUAUCCUCUUAUCGGCAAGUGCGAAUGUCUUCUAGAAUGGGAAUGUGCCUCCGUUCCUAACAUUUCCGGAAAGCUCCGUAUCAGCACGCCGUUGAAGAUGCUUCCUGCAACCGAAAUUUCGAUGAGGCUCAAAUAUGUGGAUGAUAUGCACAUUUCUCGUCUAGCUGUUCAGUUUCUGCCAUCUCCUCCUUUUACUGUAGACGCUGUACUUUCUCUGAGCCUGCCUUUCCUUGUUUCCGUGGAGGCAAAAACCCCGGUCACAGGAUUCCGGAUUUUUAACACAACCAUUAAGCAUCAAGUAAGCCAUUCAUUGACCGCAACAUAUCUGCAAAUGUACUAUCCUCCAUACCAGAUGUUUGAAACGAGGGCAGUGGUUGACUGGAAUGAUACAGCCAACAGAGGUGCAUUAAUACGUAAUGACUUAAAAAGAUUUGAAGAUGUGAAUCUUUUGUUUUGGAAUAAAGGAUCAUUGCAGGAGUUUGCCGCUCGGGGAAAAUUAGUUUUACCCGAAAACCUGACAAGUUUCUUUUCUCGUCUGAGUGGCAAAUUAACUUCCACCGACAUUAAGCAGAUGAACAAGACGCUGCAAUUUUUGGGUCACGUGACGUCUGGUCAGAUUCCUGCCUUAGAAGCAGAUGUGAGUUGCAUAGUUUCACAGAAGCUAACGGAGCUCACCUGGAAAAUUCUGUUCAAAAAUCCUGAAAAUGCCGAUAGUGCUGCCGUGCUACUCAGUAACGAUCUACAUGCCACAUCUUUAUUCUUGGUUUCUUUACGUCCUGGACUUGAGUUUCUCGGCAGCACAAACGUCACAGUUUCAGAGGGAGUCUUGCUCUUCUCGCAUUCUCUUACAGCUCAUCUCGGUGACAACGUUUUCAACGAAUCGCUAGUCUUAUCCAGGGAUGAGAAUGUGACCUCAUGGGUUGGCUAGCGGCGAUGCGUUCGCAGUCUCUACGCAGACAUCGUCGGUUAGCUGACCGCACACUUGAAAAAGAUGUUCGUUGCAGAUUUCAGAAAUGUUAUUUUGAACAACAUCCCAAUGACUUUAGAGAAUCAAAGCAAUAACUAUACUGAAAUGAUCACUGGCAAAGAUGCGAUUAAUUUUAACGCAGAGAUGCAGUGUGAAUUGUCUGAAGAAUGCAUGAAUGGGAAACCCAGACGCAAUCGCCAAGUAAACGAGGCCAAUAACAUUAAUGGAGAAACGUUUGUGAAGCUGAAUGGACUCGGUCGCGAGCGAAACUCAAGCUUGAUUUUGUCGGCCAAGAGCUCACGAGGUGACAAAAAUGCAAAUGCUCAACCGAACCGAGAAUUUGUUCGUCUAAGCCAAAAUGUCGCCGCUACCUUUACCUUCGUCAAAACCGCCCUGGCGAUGACCAGCGAAGGGCAGCUCACAUACGGUGACGUGAUUCCGACUGACCGACUUUUUUACAGUAUGCAGCAGAAUGUCAGUGAGUCUGAGUGCUGUCGGAACACUAACAUGCAGUUAAGGUUCGGAAGAGGCACACGUUCAUUCGAAAUCGACGGAGUGUGGUCAGACAGUAAGACUAGCCUCCGCCUCCAAGAUGACUCAGACAAAAGCAGGCGUCUAAACACUAAAGCACUUCAUGCCUCGCUUUUCUGGGAUGCCGAUAAGGACAGGAAUAAGUGCUUGACCUUUCACUCUGUGUUGGGAACAGGAGACGGUACGAGUCUGGAUGUGACCUUAGCUUCACCUGUCACUGAUCAGGAAAUUCGUCUCAAAAGUCUACUGAAAAGGGACGACAACUUUUCAUGGGCUGCAACAACUUCUUUUUCUUACUCUUCGGACCCUCGCAAGGACGUAACUCUGGUAAUUCGAUUUACGAGACCAUCCCGUGCCUCCCCACAUCAACAACAUAGAGGAUCUCCUCCUGAACAAAAAAGAAUCGACGCACAAAGCCCUCAACUACACUGCCUUCCUCCGCCUAGAGCAUCCAUUCAGUGACCUCGAUCUCGGACUGAUGAC